AUGCAGAUUCUUACUAUCGAUUCGGAGAAUGAAUCGGCAAAGCUGGUCUCUGAGGUCGUCGUCGAUGGAGAUGACGCUGAGGAGCCGACUGCUGUGCGCUCUGUUCAUUUUCAGCCCACGGAUGCAGUCGACAGCAAGGCCGACAAGAGUAUUACGGAGGGUCUCCAGAAUUUCUUCAAGCGCACUGAACGCCCUUUUUCUCUUUCAGGCAGUGCGAAAGGCUCUUCUUCGAUGACUAAACAUACUGCUGCCACGAGAAACGGUAAUGCGUCUUAUGACUCGGAUUCGCUCUUUGCUGGAUUUGGCGAUGAGAGCGAUGAUUUCGAAGAUGCGCUAGAAGGCCACCUUGAUGUCGUCUCGGACCCGACAACCACACCAGCACGUGCCUUACGCAGCGCUUCAGGGCCGAGGGAUAGUGACAUUUUCUCUCCGGUCGCGCCAACACCACGGGCCAAUCAGCCAAGUUCUAGACGGGUAACCAAGUCAACUUCGUUUCACGAAUCUCCUCAGACAGUGGGAAGAAAGGCGCAUAUUACAUUUAGGACACCUCGAUCGCGCACCGCUCAGCCCAUUACACCUUUGAAUGAGAAAAUCGAAGCAAUCACGCUGACUGACGCGGCAGAACGAGACGUACCGGCUUGUGACUCGGACCAUCAGGCGGAUUAUAAAGAUAUUGAAGCACUACACAUCGACAGUGAUAGCCUCGAUUCGCUGUCAGGGAGAUUACCGCCGAAAUCCGGAUCCUCGAUCCCCAAGCGAGGAUACGUGUCCCAGCCGCAAGGCAGUACGUUCUCAGAUGAUAUCGGGAAUGCGUUUAGCGAUGAGCGGGAGGGAAGCAGAAGCCCAAAAUCAGACCUCAGUCCUGUCCCAUCCGCUUUAACGCGAUCCGAAAAUGAGGUCGUUGCCUCUAAUUCAACUGAAAAUCCAAAGCCAUCUACAGCAUUCUCCCGCAGCUCUUCGCACGGUUAUCCAGCAUCUGCCACAGACAAACCCUCAUUUCCACGUUUCUAUUCCGUUCCGGACAAAAUGACAAGGCCUGCUUCGAACGUAACAUUUGAGUCACCUCGAAGCAGGCAAGGUGGAAGUCCAGCUGAUGCUUCCUUGAAGGGGAUAACUCCUCGGCAUCAAAGAGAGACGGUGGCAAAACCGGCGGCAAACGGGAUUGUGAAGCCUCAGAGCGCAGUUCCUGACAACCUCGCCCCAUCGCUAGGAAAAUCACAAACUCUGGAUGGCGCUCCAAGUUGGCUGGCUGGGUUCCGAGAUGAGUUGAGACAGAUGAUGUCGCAGGAACUUGACGUAGUUAAAGCUGAUCUGAGAAGCGAUGUCCUCAAUAUUCACUCUGAAAUGAUUGUGACAUCUGCCCGACAGUCACAAGAAUUUAAGGCUGCAUUUUUGGAGCGUGAUAGGCGCGUCAAGCAGCUGGAAAAAGAAGUUCAUCGACUUCAUGAAGACAACGAAAGAUUGCGGCGGCAAUACGGACUUCCCUGAUAGUUGUUCCAUCACCAAAUUCUUUAAAAAGACGAAUAUUAACUCAAGUGUACAGACUAAUUGACUAGCUUUGGCAAAUUUGUGAAGAUACUUCAUUAUAAACAGUGGGCGAAAACCUUCAGGUCU